UCGCUAUCUUUCCACUCUGAAAAUAAUUUCUCGGUUUUGUGACGCCUCCGUUUACGUAAAGGGGGAUGUGUUCUGUAGGGCAGACCGCUUUGUUCUGAACUCGCGAUGGUGCACCUAUGGAGUUUAACAAUCGUUCAACUGGAUGCUUGUUUUCUGCUUUAUGGAUUUGGUUUCGGCAGUUCUCGAUGUUGAUGUAAAAUGGCAUCAACAGGGGCAGACGGAUUUUUUAUAUGGUUGUGGUUUUCACUGCUUCUAUACUGCUGGAGCACCGCGGAGGCGCAAAUCGUGUAUUCGUUGCCAGAGGAGGCGAAAGCUGGUACUGUAAUCGGAAAUGUAUCGAAGGAUUUAAAUAUUAAUAUACAGGAUUUUGAACGACGUGGUGUUCAUCUCGUUUCGGAAGACAGUAAAAGGUAUUUUGAUUUGAAUACAAAGACGGGUGUUCUUCAAGUUAAGGAUAGAAUCGACAGAGAAGCUUUAUGUGAACAAAGACCGAAAUGUUCUUUAUCUUUGGAAAUUAUUGUUAAUUCGCCACUAAACAUUUACCGAAUUGAAGUCAAUAUAUUAGAUAUUAACGACAAUCAGCCAAUAUUUCAGCCACCGGAAAUUGACUUAAUUAUUGCCGAGUCAGCGUUUCCAGGAGAGAGAUUCCCGUUACAAAAUGCGUUUGACGCAGACAUAGGCAGUAACUCAAUAAAAAGCUACAAGCUAAAUCAAAAUGAUUUUUUUUCUUUGGAUGUACAGAGUAGCAGAGAACAGAGUGUCUCUACGGAAUUAGUACUUCAAAAGUCAUUAGACCGAGAAACGCAGUCUGUAAUCCACUUAACUUUGACUGCUAUAGAUGGAGGAAAACCCCCACAAUCUGGGUCAUGCAGAAUUAUUGUGAAUGUUGAGGAUGUUAAUGAUAACAAUCCAGUUUUUAGUAAAUCUCUUUAUAAAACUCGCGUACAAGAGAAUGCACCUGUGGGUUCCGUCGUAGUUAGAGUACAAGCAAGUGAUCAGGAUGAGGGUCUUAAUGGUGAGAUCGUUUAUGACUUUUAUAGACAAGGCAACGACCAAGACCUUAGUGUAUUUUCUUUAAAUCCAGAAACUGGAGAAAUCGUAAUAAAAGGUGAGCUUGACUAUGAAAAAAAAAGUGCAUUUGAAAUUCGGGUCCAAGCUAAAGACAAAGGACAUAAACCAAGGGCUGCACACUGCAAAGUAUUAGUUGAAGUAAAUGAUAUGAAUGAUAAUAUACCGGAAAUAUCUGUUACCUCUUUAGUGAGCGUGGUAAAAGAGGACGCUCAGCUUGACACAACUGUUGGUAUGAUAACGGUGAUAGACAAUGAUAGUGGUAAAAACGGCCAAGUAAACUUGAAAAUCACCGGACCUGUUCCAUUUAGGGUCCAGAAUUCAUAUAAAAAUUAUUACACAUUAGUUGUCGAUGGACCUCUCGACAGAGAGACGACAUCCCAGUAUAAUAUCACUAUUACAGCUACUGAUGAAGGGACCCCACCUCUCUCAAGCACAUCUGUCAUUACUGUACAAGUUUCUGAUGUGAAUGACAACGCACCACAUUUUUCAGAGUCGUCAAUCAAUGUAUAUUUAAAAGAGAACAGUCAGGUUGGAACUGUGUUUUAUACAAUAUCUGCUUCUGAUCCUGAUGUUGGUGAUAAUGCUAAAAUAUCUUAUUCAUUACUAGAAAAAUCUAAAAGCUUUCCUCUCUCAUCCAUAAUAAACAUAAACCCAGAAAGUGGAGAUAUUUACAGUUUGCAGUCAUUUAACUAUGAAGAAAUAAAAACAUUUCAGUUUACAGUUCAAGCCACAGACUCUGGUGUUCCUCCACUGAGCAGUAAUGUGACUGUGAAUGUUUUUAUCCUGGAUGAGAAUGACAACAGUCCUGGGAUUCUUGUUCCUUACUCUGAUCAUGGAUCUGUUUACUCUGAGAACAUUCCCUAUUCUGCUGAAGCGGGCUACUUUGUUGCCAAAAUCAGAGCUGUAGAUUCAGAUUCCGGAUAUAAUGCACUGCUUUCUUAUCACAUCUCUGAACCUAAAGGAAACAACCUCUUCCGGAUAGGAACCAGCAGUGGAGAGAUCAGGACUAAACGGAGAAUGAGUGACAAUGAUCUGAAAACUCACCCACUGGUCAUUUUGGUGUCUGAUCAUGGAGAGCCCUCACUGUCAACCACUGUGUCUUUUGAUGUGUCUGUGUCUGAGCACACGGGUGACAUAAAGACUCAGUUCAAACAUGCCCCGAUAAAAGAGGACAGUUUCUCAGAUUUAAACAUGUAUUUGCUGAUUGCCAUUGUGUCAGUUUCAGUAAUAUUUUUACUGACUGUGAUCAGUUUAAUUGCAGUAAAAUGCUGCAGGACUGACAGUAGUUUCAGCAGAUACAGGACCCCAGUGAUCAACACACAUCCUGAUGGAAGCUGGUCUUACUCCAAAUCCACACAGCAGUAUGACGUGUGUUUUAGCUCGGACACACUAAAGAGUGAUGUAGUGGUUUUUCCUGCACAAAUUCUGCCUUCCGAUGCAGAGCUGAUAAGUAUCAAUGAAGGGGAUGCUUUUAACAAAACACAGACGCUUCCUACUAAUGGAAAGGUAAGAAUGAAAUAGUGUUAUUUUUUUGACAUUUUUU